GUAGCGUCAACUAGCGCAUCACCACCACGGCCUCCAUUUUGCAAACCAGCUGCUCCCAUUCGUAGUGCAGCACCAGUAAAUCAAGUACAUUAAAAAAGGAUUAUUUCAAGCUUGAGAGAGAUAUUUUCACGGACAAAACGAUGGCUGACCCAUCCGCAGACGUGAAGGUUCCGGAGGGCGCAGAGGUCCGCAAACUGACGGAGCUGCGAGUGAUCGACCUGAAGGCCGAGCUGAAGAAACGAAACCUGGACACCACGGGCGUCAAGAGCGUGCUAUCCGAGCGUCUGAAAAAGGCAAUCGAGGAAGAGGGUGGAAAUCCCGAGGAGAUUGUUCUCGCGCCGGAGUCCAUCCCAAAGAAAUCUACACAUACCGUUAAACGGCCUUCCAAAGAUGCAAGGCCAGAGAAUGAUGAACCAGAAGAAAGUGCUAUCGAGGAGGAUUCCCACUAUAGCAAUGAGGAGCAUCAGGACGACCAUGAGAACAUGCAGGAAAUGGAUAUCCUCGACAUGAACGUUCUGGAUGAGACGGAGAAUGAUAACGGGAUACCGGCCGAGGAUGAUGAUGAUGAGGAUGAGACUGGGAAUUUUCAUUCAGAUGAAGAUGCACUGUUGAAUGAAGAACCUAACAUUGAAGAAGAAGAACAACACAAGACCUUGGAGUUGGAAGAUGAAGCGAGAGGUCCAGAGCAGGCGGCUGUGGUCGAGAUGUUAGAUGAGAAGGAUGAAUUUAUGACGAGCUCACCGAUCACUAUGGCUGAGGAUCCAGAAGCAGAUGACGUGAAAGAAGAAACAGAAAAUGACAAAGUAGCCGGGUCUUGUUUAUCUGAGCCACUUAACGAAGAUCACCACCCGAGCCCCGAGACGAGCCCCGAAGAAGAGCAAGCUGCCACCGCCGGAGGGGAAGACAAUGUGUCCGACACCGUUGCCGCGUCCGACACCGUUGCCAAGUCCGACACCGUUGCCAAGUCCGACCAGGCCGCCGCCUCUGGAGACGUGGAGAGCGACCGGGAUGUUGUGGAGACUGACGCCAAAGAGGUUGGGGAUGCACAGAAUGCCCCAGAAGAGACAUUUGAAGCUGAAAACAAAAGCUUGCAGGCUGUUAGUAAUAGCGAGCAGGGCACUGUGGGUGAAACUGUUGAUUCAGAAAUGGGGUCUAAGAAGGGUGAGGAGGAUGAGAAGACAGAAGAGAAAGCUGCUGCGGAUUCAGCCUCCACAGUGAAAGAGUCCUCUUCUGUAGAGGGCGAUGAUCCCAAAAAGAGCUCUGAGGAGAAAGAUGGCAAGACUGAGUCAAAAGAUGAGACAGCCGCUGGAAGUGCUGCUGGAAGUGCUGCAGCAAGCAGCAGCAGGAAUCUGUGGGUCAGUGGUCUUUCUACCACUACUAGAGCGACUGAUCUGAAGACUCUCUUCAGCAAAUAUGGCAAGGUUGUUGGAGCUAAGGUGGUGACAAACGCCAAGAGCCCCGGGGCUCGCUGCUAUGGUUUUGUCACCAUGUCUUCCACGGAGGAAGCCACCAACUGUAUCAGCCACCUUCACAGGACCGAGCUGCACGGCAGGAUGAUCUCAGUGGAGCAGGCUAAGAAUGAGCCCGCAGCGAAGAAGCCAGCAGACAAGAUUGACCCCAAGAAGUCCUCUGACUCCACAUCCGAUGGAAAGGAUGAGAAAGCGGAGGGACAAGGGGAAGAUGCCAAAGGGCGAAAUGAGAGAACUGUAGUGAUGGACAAGUCCAAAGGAGAGCCUGUCAUCAGCGUCAAAACCAAAAGCAAAGAACGAAGCUCAAAGAGUCGGGACCGCAAGUCCCCGAGCAAGGAGACGAAAGAAAUCCUGUCGUUUGACCAGAUCAAGGAGCAGAGGGAGAGGGAGAGACAGAGACAACGAGAGCGGGAGGUCAGAGAGGUGGAGAGACGCAGAACGGACCGUGACGGCCGCCCGGACCGCGACGGCCGCCCGGACCGUGACGGCCGCCCGGAUCGCGAGCGCGAACGCAUCCGUCUGUUCCGGGAGAAAGAGGAGAGGAAGCACCUGCUCCGGAAGAGACACCUCCUGGAGGCUGAGAAGCAGCGCCUCGAUACGGACCGUAUGGAGCGCCAGUUCUUGGAGCGGGAAAGGCUGCGCAUAGAGUACGAGCGGCGGCGUGAGCAGGAAAGGAUCCUCAGGGAGCGCGAUGAGCUGCGCCGGCAGCAGGAGCAGCUGCGUUAUGAACAGGACCGCCGCUCCGUCAAGAGGCCUUAUGACAUGGAUGGCAGGAAAGACGAUUGGCCUGAGAAGCGCAUGGCCCUUGAUGACCGUUACAGCCGCUCAGAAUUCGGCCGUCAGGAACGUUAUCAGGACUUUGACCACAGAGACCGGGGCCGUUACCAAGACGACGUCAUGAUGGACAGGCGGGACAGCACUCGUAGCGCUGCUGCAGACAGAGAUAAUCCGCACUUCUCAGACAGACAUGGCAGAGAGGGCCGAGACUCCUGGAGUGGAGGCUAUGACAAACGCAUCAACGCCAGAGAGGGCGGUCGAGACUGGGACUCCAGCCGGAAGGUCGAUGGAGACAGAACCUGGCAAAGUAGAGACGGCGCCAUCCCCGGCCAGAGCCACAUGGCACGUGGAGGAAUGGCGAGCCGUGGAAGCUACAUGAACACGGGAACGUCUCAGUCCCUGUCUGGAGCUCUCAACAGACAGAACCAGCUGAUGCAGGGCAGCGGGCUGCAGGGUGGAGCUUUUGGCCGACGCUAUUGAUGUCAGUAGUGGGACUGUUUCAGGAGGUCGUAUCAGACGUGACCAUCUUGUUUUUUUUGUAUAUAAAAAAAAAAAAAAUCAGGAACUCUUUUUUUUUUUGACACAAUUCCAAUCCAUUUUUGAUGGAGACGUUAUUAUUUUUUGUUUGUGUGUGUGUGUGUGUGUGUGUGAGUGAUGUAGUGCUCUCCUGCCUUGUAUUUAUCAUCCAGUCCAACCUACCGUGUCUGUAAAACACUACUGUCAGCUUGCCAAGAAUGUGUUGUAUGCAGGUUGGUUUGUGGAGAACUCACGUCAGAGCUGUGUUGUGGAUUCAGGUGUUUUAUAGACGCCCAGAUUGAUGGACUUCACCUCCGGUCUUCUCUCUGUGCCCAGUUUGUGUCUGAAACAUUUUCAUUAAGCGAGCCGUGGUUGCAAUUAGCGCGAGGCUCCUUUUUUGACUUAAUUCUUUUAAAAACACAGAUGUUUGGUGAAGUUUUGCUGCUUAAUAAAAUGUUUUUAAAGUAAAUGUCACAUUGGGAAUAUCCAUGCUUGUUAGACUUUUUUUUGUUUAAAGUAUUUGAUUCUUGUGAUUGUUGGACAAUGGUUAUAAAGGCCCCAGGAGUGUGUGUAUGAUCACAAUCUAUUGAUUAAGAUCUGUUCUAAAAUCUAAAUCUAAAAUUAAUUGAAUGAUGUUUCAGACUACGUUCUCUGUAACUCGAAUGUUUUUUUUUUUUUAGGUGUUCCUUUUGCAUAAAAAGUGUAAUAUUUAGUUCAGUCCUUCUGUUUGGUUCAUUUUAAUGCCAGCUGCUGGUGUCUAGUGGAACUCAGUUGUAAAAUUCACAGGGUGAAGUUGCCUCCCAUCAAUAAAAGAUUUUUCAUCUUUUCCGAGUGGUGCUACUGAAACAGAA